GGUGCCUAUGGCAACCACUGUAAACAACGCGCCCUGCCACACCGAGGAGAAGAGCGAACAAAACAGCUAACGUUAUGGCUUUCUGCAACACCGAGUAUUUCGACCAGAUUGGGAAUAUUCAAAAGAGCAUGAACGAACGGGAAAGAUGGAGACAUGAGCUGGAGGAAAAACUGUUCGCCUAUUUAAGAUCAGAAGAAAGAUUGACUAAGUUGAAGUGUGCCAAGAUGCACUGCUAUUACAAGGAGCUGUGUGAGAGAGAGCAGCAAGCAAAGACACGCAACCUUGAGCUUCUUGGGAAUGUGGAGAACUUGGCAUCAAAAAUGAACGAAUUCUCCAUUGAUUGUAGCCGGCUGCUUCAAAAGAGGCUGGAGUGCAAGAAUCACAUUACCAGACUGAAGGAAGACAGGAAGAAAAUGGGGAGCAGGGGGGAAUCGGAAGCAGACGAGGUAAGAGAAAAUUAUCGUGUCAUCUAUGGAAAUUACAGUUCAGUGGGGAAUUUACAAAGCUAUCUGUGUGCCUUUGAUAAAACUGCAGUGCUGUGAUGGGAUCCAAUGGAA